AUGAUUAGAGGUAUUAUUGUAAAGCAAUUGACGAAAGCCGCAAGGCUGAGAGGUCCCGGUAAUGUCGCGGGAGUGCUAAGAGCAGCAGCAGCGCUUGCCCCACAGAUCACUAUUAAACAUAAUUAUUCUAGCAAGGCUCAACCGAAAUUAACAAGCGAACUCUAUCCAUCUGUAAAACGGAAUCCAAACUAUAAAAAAUUGGCUAAUGAAGACAUCCAGUUUUUCCAAUCUAUCUUGACGGAGAACGAGAUUCUACAAGCUAACGAUAAAGAAGACCUUGCAUUUUAUAAUGAAGAUUGGAUGAGGAAAUACAGAGGUCAAUCAAAAAUCGUACUUAAGCCUAAAUCUGUUGAGAAAAUAUCUCAAAUAUUGAAAUAUUGUAAUGAGCAAAAAAUCGCCGUGGUACCUCAAGGUGGCAAUACAGGUCUUGUUGGCGGAUCAGUCCCUGUUUUCGAUGAAGUCGUAUUAUCUGUCAGCAAUUUGAACGAAAUCAGGAACUUCGAUCCAGUUAGCGGUAUAUUGAAAUGUGAUGCUGGUGUCAUUCUCGAAAAUGCGGAUAAUUUUCUUGCUGAACAUGGUUACAUUUUCCCAUUGGACCUCGGCGCCAAGGGAUCAUGCCAUGUUGGUGGUGUUGUCGCUUGUAAUGCCGGUGGCCUUAGAUUGUUGCGCUACGGAUCUCUUCACGGCUCUGUAUUGGGACUCGAAGUUGUCCUACCAAAUGGUGACAUUUUAAACAGUAUGCACUCUCUGCGGAAAGAUAACACAGGCUAUGACUUGAAGCAAUUAUUUAUUGGAUCCGAAGGCACGAUUGGCAUCAUAACAGGUGUAUCAAUUUUAACACCACCUAGGCCAAAGGCAUUCAACGUUAGUUUUUUGGCGGUUAAUAGCUAUGAAGAUGUGCAAAAAGUAUUUGUUAAAGCGAAGAAAGAAUUGCUAGAGAUAUUGUCGGCUUUUGAGUUUAUGGAUGAUAAAUCCCAACAGUUGACAAAACAUCAUUUAGCAGGUGUACCUCAUCCAUUUGAAGAAUCUUAUCCAUUUUAUAUCCUUAUUGAGACUUCUGGUUCGAACAAAGAUCAUGAUGAUGAGAAGCUGGAAAAGUUUCUGGAGAGUGCAAUGGAGGACGGCUUAGUUGUUGACGGUGUCGUCGCACAGGAUGAAACGGAAUUGCGUAACCUAUGGCAAUGGAGAGAGUUGAUUCCAGAAUCAAGCCAAUGUCAAGGUGGCGUUUACAAGUACGACGUUUCACUGCCUUUGAAGCACUUGUAUUCUCUUGUGGAAGCGGCAAAUGCAAGGCUAUCCGAAGCAGCACUACUGGGCGAUGCUCCAAAACCGGUCAUCCAAGCGGUUGGCUAUGGCCAUGUUGGCGAUGGUAAUCUGCAUUUAAAUGUAGCCGUUAGAGAGUACAACAAACAAGUCGAAAAAGCUUUGGAACCAUUCGUUUAUGAAUUUGUCUCGUCUAAAAACGGCUCGAUUAGUGCAGAACAUGGUUUAGGAUUUCAAAAGAAGAACUACAUCGGAUACACCAAAAAUCCUCAAGAGAUCAAAAUGAUUAAAGAUCUCAAGACCCAUUUUGAUCCCAAUGGUAUUCUUAACCCCUACAAAUACAUCUAG